GAGCCGCCCCUGAAGGCCUCGCAGCGAGCGGCUGUCAGGCUGAUGCAGAUUAUCCUUCAGACUGUUAAACAGACUCACCGUUCAAGUCGGUCUGGACGGGCAGCAGGCGGCUCAGACAUUAAAAUGGGAAACGCAGACACCAAACUGCACUUCAGGAAGGCUGUGAUCCAGCUCACCACCAAGACCCAGCCCGUAGAAGCCAGCGACGACGCCUUCUGGGAUCAGUUCUGGGCCGACUCGUCCACCACCGUCCAGGACGUCUUCGCUCUGGUGCCGGCCGCAGAGAUCCGAGCUGUCAGAGAGGAGUCUCCGUCAAACCUGGCAACCCUCUGCUACAAGGCGGUGGAGAGGUUGGUUCAGGCUGCAGAGUCCGGCUGCCCCUCUGAGAAAGAGCGCCAGAUCGUCCUGAACUGCACCCGCCUGCUCACCCGGAUCCUGCCCUACAUCUUCGAGGACGCCGACUGGAGAGGCUUCUUCUGGUCCACCGUGCCCGGAGCCGGCAGAGCAGGGCGUCUGGACGAAGACGACGAUGAGGACGACGCCCGGCCGCUGGCUGAGUCUCUGCUGCUGGCCGUCGCCGACCUGCUCUUCUGUCCAGAUUUCACGGCUCAGAGCCACAAGAAGAACGGCCAGGACGCCCCUGAGGACAUUCGAUCCAUAGACAGCUGUGAGUACAUCUGGGAGGCCGGAGUCGGCUUCGCUCAGUCACCUCCUCUGAACUACGUCCAUGACAUGAACAGGACGGAGCUGCUGAAGUUGCUCCUCACCUGUUUCUCUGAAGCCAUGUACCUGCCUCCAUCCUCUGAGAGGAAGAACCUCAAUCCCUGGGUCUCCUUCUUCUGCUCCACAGAAAACAGACAUGCCCUCCCUCUGUUCACCUCCCUGCUCAACGUGGUGUGCGCCUACGACCCCGUCGGGUACGGCAUCCCGUACAACCACCUGCUGUUCUCCGACCACCGGGAGCAGCUGGUGGAGCAGGCGGUCCAGAUCCUCAUCGUCACGCUGGAGCACGACGCCGGAUCGGCCGCCGGCGCCGCCCUCCAGGCCCUCGAGCGCUCCACGUCACCCUCAGCUCUGGAGGAGCACGAGGCUGCUGGACCCGACAACCUGUUUGUGAAUUAUCUGUCCAGGAUCCACAGAGAAGAGGACUUGGGCUUCAUCCUGAAAGGUCUGGCGCGGCUGCUCAACAAUCCUCUGGUCCAGACUUACCUGCCUCGCUCCACCAAGAAGAUCCAGUUCCACCAGGAGCUGCUCAUCCUCUUCUGGAAAUUCUGUGACUUCAACAAGAAAUUCCUCUUCUUCGUGCUGAAGAGCAGCGACGUGUUGGACAUGCUGGUUCCCAUCCUCUUCUACCUGAACGAUGCCAGAGCAGAUCAGUCCCGUGUCGGCCUCAUGCACAUCGCCGUGUUCAUCCUGCUGCUGCUGAGUGGAGAGAGAAACUUUGGCGUCCGUCUCAACAAGCCGUACACGCUGCGCGUCCCGAUGGACGUUCCUGUUUUCACGGGAACUCACGCUGACCUGCUCAUCGUGAUCUUCCACAAAGUCAUCACCAGUGGACACCAGCGGCUCCAGCCUCUGUUUGACUGCCUGCUCACAAUCAUAGUGAACAUUUCACCGUAUCUGAAGAGCCUGUCCAUGGUGUCGGCCAACAAGCUGCUCCACCUCCUGGAGGCUUUCUCCACACCCUGGUUCCUCUUCUCCUACGCUCAGAACCACCACCUAGUCUUCUUCCUACUGGAGGCCUUCAACAACAUCAUCCAGUAUCAGUUUGAUGGUAACUCCAACCUCGUGUACGCCAUCAUCCGAAAGCGGAGCAUUUUCCACCAGUUGGCCAACCUGGCGUCCGACACGGCAUCUAUUCAGAAAGCUCUGCAGAAGAAGAAGAAGUCCGGGAUAUCCAGGACCAACUCUAUAGAGAUGGAGUCCAUGGAGGGCUCCAGACCUGCUGUACCUGCUGAGCCUGGCACGCUCAAAGCCAGUUUAGAGGCCACGCCAGGCAUCGAUAAGAUAACGGAGAAGGCCCAGGUGGGCGAGGAUGGUACCAUGAUUGUUCUGCCACAUUCAGACUCUCCAAAGAUGACGGCUGUAGCCCGAGCCAGCGACGCAGAGUCUUCAGAGCGAGACCACGAGGUCUACCACGCAGAGUCCGAAUCAGUGAGGAGUCGGCUGUCGAGUGUGUCAUCGUCGGCAGCAUGGAGCGCUAAUCCAGACUGGGUGCUGACAUGGAAAGCGAAGCUUCCUCUGCAGACCAUCAUGCGGCUGUUACAAGUACUGGUCCCUCAGGUGGAGAAGAUUUGCAUCGACAAGGGUUUGACAGACGAGUCAGAAAUCCUCAAGUUCCUUCAGCACGGCACGCUCGUCGGCCUCCUGCCCGUCCCUCAUCCCAUCCUCAUCAGGAAGUACCAAGCGAACGCCGGCACCGCCAUGUGGUUCCGCACCUACAUGUGGGGCAUCAUCUACUUACGCAACGUGGAUCCUCCAAUCUGGUACGACACGGACAUCAGGCUGUUUGAGAUCCAGAGGAUUUAGAGCAGCUGUCACUCGCCAAACAAAACCAAACCAGAUCUGCCGGUCCACCUUCUGUCCUCACACCUGAACUGUGAACGUUGACGAUCGCUGACGGUCAAACUUUAAUGUUACUGUGUAUCACAUGACCUGUAUUCUGAGUGAAUGCAGUAGAAGUUCUGCCAAAUGCUCAUUAAAUCUGACAAUAGA